AUGGCCGCCGACAGCAACAGCUCGCGCUUCGCCACGAAGUCGCAGUUCGGUGAAUGGCCAGCCAAGAAGGUUCGACAGACCUUCAUGGACUACUUCACAAAGGACAAUGGCCACACCUUUGUUCCCAGCAGCGCUACAAUCCCCUACGAUGAUCCCACGCUCCUCUUCGCCAAUGCCGGAAUGAACCAGUACAAGUCCAUCUUCCUUGGUACGGUCGACCCUUCAACCUCCUUUGCACAGCUGAAGAGAGCUGCCAACUCGCAAAAGUGUAUCCGAGCCGGUGGAAAGCACAAUGACCUGGACGAUGUGGGCAAGGACACCUACCACCACACAUUCUUUGAGAUGCUGGGCAAUUGGUCCUUUGGAGACUACUUCAAGGCGGAAGCUAUCCCGCUGGCUUGGAACCUGCUCACAAAAGUCUACGGGCUACCAGCUGAUCGACUGUACGUCACCUACUUCGAGGGAGAUCCAGCUAAUGGACUGGAAGCAGACAUUGAAGCUCGAGACCUGUGGCUCAAGGUCGGUGUGCAAGAAGACCGCAUCUUGACUGGCAAUGCCAAGGACAAUUUCUGGGAGAUGGGAGCGACUGGUCCAUGUGGUCCAUGCAGUGAGAUCCACUACGACCGCAUUGGAGGCCGAAAUGCUUCUCACCUCGUCAACCAGGAUGAUCCUGAUGUCUUGGAGAUCUGGAAUAAUGUCUUCAUUCAGUACAAUCGCGAGCCUGACUCAAGUCUCAGGCCGCUACCUGCUAAGCACAUCGACACUGGUAUGGGCUUCGAGCGUCUUGUCUCUGUUCUGCAGGACAAGCGGUCGAAUUAUGACACGGACGUCUUCGAGCCUAUCUUUGCCAAGAUCCAGGAGCUGACGAAUGCUCGGCCGUAUACCGGUCUUCUGGGCAAGGAGGAUGCCGACGGAAUUGACACUGCCUACAGAGUCGUUGCCGACCACGUCAGGACACUGACGGUAGCCAUGACCGAUGGAGGAGUGCCCGACAAGGAUGGAAGGGGCUACGUCCUGAGACGUAUCUUGCGAAGGGGAACCCGAUUCGUUCGCAAGUACUUCCAAGUGCCGAUCGGAGACUUCUUCAGCCAGCUUGUCCCUGUCGUUGUGACACAAAUGGGCGACUUCUUCCCAGAGCUGCACAACAAGGUGGAUGACAUUCGCGCCAUCCUGAAGGAGGAAGAGGAGUCCUUCUCGCGUACCCUCGACCGAGGAGAGAAGCUCUUUGAACAAUAUGCUGCCAAGGCUAUCGAGGCAAAGGCUACUUCGCUGUCCGGAGAGGACGUCUGGAGGCUGUAUGACACAUAUGGAUUCCCCGUUGACCUGACGCUGAUCAUGGCUCAGGAGAAGGGUCUGGGCGUCAACGAUGCUGAGUUCCAGGAGGCGAAGACGAAGAGCUACGAAGCUAGCAAAGGAGGCGCACGUACGCAGGAGGAGGGCAUGCCCCGGUUCGACGUCCAUGAUCUGGGCGCGCUGGAGAAAAUGGAUGAUGUACCAAAGACCGAUGACUCUCACAAAUUCGGCAGGGGCAACGUCUCCGCUACGAUCAAGGCCAUCUACCAGAACAAGGGCUUCCACCCCUCUUCAAACGGGCCAAAUGUGGACACGUCGAAGCCCAUCGGACUGCUCCUAGAUCGAACCAAUUUCUACGCCGAGUCUGGUGGACAGCAAGCUGACACCGGAAGCAUCGUCAUUGACGGCAAGAGCGAAUUCGAAGUGCUUGAUGUGCAGGUCUUCAAUGGAUACGUUCUGCAUUCGGGUUGGUUCAAGUACGGAGAGCUCGCGGUCGGAGACGCCGUCGUUGCUGGCUACGAUGAGCUGAGGAGGUGGCCGCUGCGCAACAACCACACCGGCACCCACAUCCUGAACUUUGCUCUGCGUGAGGUGCUCGGCGACCACAUUGACCAGAAGGGCUCCCUCGUUGCUCCCACUAAAUUGCGAUACGACUUCUCGCACAAGGCUGGUGUAACAAACGCCGAGAUGGAGAAGAUCGAGAAGAUCUCUCUAGACUGGGUCAAGAAGAAUGUGCCCGUCUACAGCAAGGAGAUGGACCUGGAGAGUGCCAAGAGUAUUCCUGGCCUGCGAGCCGUCUUUGGCGAGUCCUACCCUGACCCUGUGAGGGUAGUCGUGAUCGGUUUCGACCCCAACGAGAUCGAGACGGACCUGACAAACUCGAAGUGGGCUAGCACGUCGAUCGAAUUCUGUGGUGGUACCCACGUUGCCAAGACUGGAGACAUUGGAGACUUUGCGAUUGUCGAAGAGGGUGGAAUCGCCAAGGGAAUCAGGAGAAUCGUCGCCGUCACUGGCGAAGAGGCACAAGCUGCAGCGCGGGUAGCAGACGAGGCCUCUGCUCGUCUAGACACCAUUGCCCAGCUCAAGGACCGCUCGACGAAGGAUGCAGCACUGAAGAGCUUCUCCGUGGAGAUUGGUCAGCUAGAGAUCUCUGUACUGAAGAAGGCUAAGCUGAACGAGCGCUUCUCAAAGGUGAGAAAGGACCACGAUACCGAGCAGAAGAAGGUGGACAAGGAGCAAGGUACAAUGGUCUCGAAUGCCAUCACUGCCUACUUUGCCAAGGGUGGCGAAGGGGAGGACAAGACUUUCCUGGUCAAGCUCUUCGAUGUGGGUUCUAAUGCCAAGGCGCUCGCUGCUGGUAUCCAGACUGCCAAGAAGCUCGAAAAGGCCGUCUACCUCUUCUCUGAGCAGGUGGAUGAGGAGGCCUCUGCAGCUGCUAAGAAGGAGCUGGGUGACGAGAGGAUGGUCAAGGCAAAAGUGCCACACUGCAACUAUGUACCCAAGGCGGACCAGGAGAAGGGCUUGGACGCCCGCCAAUGGGCGGAUUUGGUCACGAAGAGCAUUGGAGGCAAAGGCGGUGGAAAAGUCGAUGGCGCCAAUGGUGUUGGAGAGGAUGGAGGACCGGCAGUGGAGGAUGCGCUUCUUGCUGCUGAGAGAUUCUACAUCUACCAGACGACGGAGAGCGGUAUGCCCAGGCAAUAG